AUUUUUAACUUUUUAUUUUUCAUUUUUAACUUAGCACUUAUCCCUUAUCACUUUUAAUUCUUCAUCACUUUGCUAUUGCAACUUGAGUAAUUCAUUUUAUUAAUUAUAUUAUCACAUAUUUUCAUGUCUCUCGAUUUGGCUUUGCUAGAAACGCUGCCUCCGCUGCAAGGCGAGGACAGAUUAGAAUUCCUACAUAAAAUAACAAAUAUCAAGAUAGAUCCGAUCGAUGGCAGGGACACUGCCACGAUUGCCAUAUGUGCCGUUGUGUGCGCAUUGACAUUCAUAUUCGUCGUUUUUGUCUGGUUUAAUCGGAAUUAUCGGCCGCUGCGUGCUAAAACAAUCAAGUUGUGCACACUGAUGCACAUUUCCGCGGUUAUAUGGACUGUCGGGGACUUUGAGAUGAACGGAUUGAUCGAGUUGACAGGCCCGUGGAAGCACUGUCGCUUCUGGGUUGUUUGGGUCCGUAUCCUCUUUAACUACAUAUUUGUCUGCCUCAUUACACUCCGCUUUUAUGCCCUCGACCGCAUCUUCAUUCAAGGAAAGCCCUACAAGGGCCUCGCACUUUAUGCCCCGGUUGCUGCUCUCUCUGUCAUCCUGUUGGGAUACUGCCUGCUUUGUCAGUUUAUGAAUCCGGAGAACGUUGUUGUUUACGUCGACUACGCGCAGAUAUGUAUGGUCAACGACGGCUACAGAUACGCCAGUGUGGGUCUUUUGUGGAUCCCGUGGAUAACCAGCCUUGUUCUUGUUUACCGCUUGCGCAAGAUCAAGACCAGCUUCAACGAGCUGUACGAAACUCUGUUCACCUGCUGCCUGGGCUUUUUAAUUCUGGUCAAGUCCACAGUUGUUCACGCAACACAUCCUUACUACGUCUUCAGCAGAGUCUUUCGCCAAUCCGAGACACUCAUCGACUGCAUUGCCACCAACCUUAUUAUCUGGAUCAUGCUUGCGUACCCGGCCUAUCAGUGCAUGUUCCGCAAGGAUGCAUACGACAGGGAAUGGGCGCAGAAGCUGCGCACGGACGGAUACCUCCAAAAAUACUCUGUUGAGUUUGACUCGGCACCGCUUGAGAAUAUAAACUGCUCAAACAUUGAGGAGACCAUGUUCGAAAGAACAAAAACAGGAAACAAGUUUUACUAUGACAAGGACCCGAUGCACGCCCUCAGGAUGCUGGUUCAAAAUGGGGGCAACAUCCUGAGACCAGCAACGGCUAUGACCAACGACAGCACCUUUGAAGCACCAGUUGCCGGUAUCAGCUUCCAAAACAAUCAUUUUUGCUCCAUAGAAUCGUUUGAUCUUGAAGCCAAUCCGCCCAUCAAAUAUCCCAGACGCAUUAUUUAG